AUGAAGCUUUUAGGUGCUAUUUGCUUAGUUUUAACGGCACUUGGAUUCUGUUCUGGUGAAAAUAAGAAUUGCUUCAUUGAAUUGGAUGAAGAAAUAGCUAAACUUGAGUGUCCUGUUGGAUAUUUCAAACUAGAAGACUGUAAUAAUAAGUUUAGAUGCUUUGGAAAUUAUCGAGAGAAGUGCAUGAACAAUAAUAAGAAAACUAGUAAUUCUCAUAGAGUUUGUUCCAAAACGUACAACUUGGAAUGCGCUAAAGGAAUUUUAAGCAGACCUGGCGACUACGGAUGGUGUGAAUUCAACGGAAAUUAUCCAAACUUUAUCAAAAGAAAUUCACUUCCAACGCUCUUUAGACAACGAUUUGCUUUAGGAUUGCCAAUAAACUACCAAAACAAUGCUAAUGACGAUUCAGACUAUCCAGUCGAUGAAAAUAAAUUUUCUUACUAA